CUUGCAAUAUGAGUCAUCUUUGGUGCCCACAAAGCUCACACAAACUCAAAGUCGGGCUCAGAUUGAGAGGGAAGACUUCUCUUUUCAGUCGGAAAAGUACACGUUGCCCAGUCUUUGGAGAUAGCAUCACAGAAGGCAUCGCUUAAAUGGAUUAUAAAAGUUCAGUCACAUGUUUUGCCUGAGGACACGAGAAGCCUCUUGACAUUACUUCAGCUCAGCUUCAGUGAUCUUACCCGAACAUCCCAAGCAUGGCCGCUUAUGCCCUUGUAAGGGAGAACUUUAAAUUUGGGUCUCUCUUCUUCAAGAGUAAAGAUGUAAUGAUCUUUAAUGGUAUGAUUGCUCUGGGCACUGUGGCGAGCCAGACAGCAUACAACGUUUUUGCUUUUGAUUGUCCGUGUUCCCCUGGGAGAAAUUACUACUAUGGCAUAGCUGCCAUUGGUGCUCCAGCUUUGGCAUUUUUUAUUGUUGGAGUAAUGUUGAACAAGAGGACUUGGGACCUAGUAUCAGAGUGUCGCCUCAGGAAGCUCCGGAAACUGUCAACAGCAGCAGCAUUUGCAGUAUUGGGAAGUAUCCUUGGUCGAGCCGUGGUGGCACCUAUUACGUGGACAAUUUUAUCCCUGCUCCAGGGUCUGGCAUACACAUGUGCCCUAAGUGAGUUUACUGAUCCCAGCACCGUGAAGGGUUUCCCCCCUGGUCAUAAUACAGAGGACAUGGCAAAGUUCCCUUGCAAGGAAAGUAUCCCAACCGAGCUGCAAGGCUUUUGGGCAGAAAUUGACCGACGUCUGAAAUAUGAGUCACAGCUGAUAGGCUGGCUCGUGGUUGCCGGGACAUCUCUGAUGGUGUUCCUGGUUAUGUGUACGAGACAUUGCUGCUCGCCCCUUGGCUACCAGCAGGAAGAAUACUGGUCCAAGUAUCGCUCGAAUGAAAAGACCCUCUUUCAUCGUACAGCCGCUGUCCACGCCCAAAUCAUGGCUGCAAAGUAUGUUCGGAGCUUCUUCGGUUUCGUGGCUUUGGAGAAGGAUGAGAAGGAACAUGUUGUCGAGCACCAGGCUGCGGCCAGUCCCAUCUGCAGCACUGAGUGGAACAGAGUGACUGGUGUCUACCUUUACAGGGAGAAAAAUGGACUACCUCUAUACAGCAGACUCAAUAAAUGGGCCACAUACAGCGAAGAGAACAAUGUGGAGGGUUUCGAUAAAGAAAUGGAUGUAUAUGACAGUUUUAUUACUUAGCACAAUCCAGUCACCGUAACCAGACGUAUUUCAUUUCAGAACCUUUGUUGACUUGUCAGAUUUCGUCAAAGCAACACCGAUGGGAUGUAAUUCACUCAGUUCGAUGAAUUACUCAUUGUCAAGGCAGCCAAUCACUGAUAUGUCAUUGGGAUUUGGAAACUGUGCUAUAAAGACAUUUACCGCCUUUUAUUUAAAUCGUGAAUUCAAACUUUCGAAUUACAUUUUAACAUUAGAAUUACAUUCGUUAGAGGGUCUGUCCAUUACACAUGUGCAUCAAGAAUACAGUAUUUGACUUCUUGUUUUAGCAAUGCUAUCGUGAAAAUGUAUUUAUAACAAGAAUGCUCUUCAGUUGAGUGCAGACUACAGUCAAUGCUGAACUCUGUACAAAAGUAGGAGAAAAAACUUGCAGAGAAUCGUAUUUGUGUAUCUCUUUUUAGUUAGUAGACAGGCCUACAUUAUCGAGGCUUGAUGACUCCUUUGAUGCCAGAGUGACUCAAAUGGUGGGAAUGUGUACAUUUCUGUUUGCUCACUUUUGACAAGCGCUCAAAUAAAAUAAUUUCUUACUUUU